GGGUGCUGCCCCGCAAGCAGCUGGUGAGGCGGGAUGGUGCUGGUGCUGGCACUGUGGGCCUGCCUGGCGCUGGGCACAGCCAGCGAGGAGAGCCCAGCACCCGCACCCCUGGCAGGCAGGCAGCCCUUUGCCGUGGUGUGGAACGUCCCCACCAGCCGCUGCCAGCACCGCUUUGGUGUGGGGCUGCCCCUCAGCGACUACGGCAUCGUGGAGAACCAGGGAGGCCACUUUGCCGGCCAGAACAUCACCAUCUUCUACAAGAACAAGUUUGGGCUGUACCCCUACCUGUCACAGCAGGGUGUCCCCCACAAUGGGGGCAUCCCCCAGCGUGUCUCACUCGAGGCCCACAUCAACAGGGUGGCCGAGGACAUCCGCCUCCUCCUGCGACCUGCUUUCCAUGGCUUGGCCGUGGUGGACUGGGAGGAGUGGAGGCCCCUAUGGGCCCAAAACUGGGGUGCCAAAAAGAUGUACCGGACAGCCUCAGAGCAGUGGGUGCGGAGCCAGCACGGCAUCCUGCCGGCACGGCGGCAGCUCCGACUGGCCCAGCUGGAGUUCGAGCAGGCGGCACAGGCUCUAAUGGAGGAGACACUCCUGGUGGGCCGAGCCAUGCGCCCCGGGGGGCUCUGGGGCUUCUACCGCUUUCCCGACUGCCUCAACACCAACUGGGCCAAGGAGGCAAACUACACCGGGCAGUGCCAGCCGGCAGAGGUGCAGCGUAACAACCACCUGGGCUGGCUCUGGGCCGCCUCUUCUGCCCUCUACCCCAGCAUCUACCUGCCGCUGGCGCUGCCGCCCACCCUGCGCCGCCGCUACGUGCACCACCGGCUGCGCGAGGCCCUGCGCGUGGCCGCCUUCGGGCCCGAUGGCCUCCUGCCCGUGAUCGCCUACUCCCGCCUCUCCUACCGCCGCUCGUCCCGCUUCCUGCAGCUGGCUGACCUGGUGCACACCAUCGGGGAGAGCGCGGCACUGGGAGCGUCGGGACUCGUGCUCUGGGGAGACAUGUCCUACUCGCACUCGGCUGAAAGCUGUGCCAGCCUGCGCCACUACCUCGUGUCCACCCUGGGUCCCUACGUGGCCAACGUGACGGCAGCAGCCCGAGAAUGCAGCUAUGCGCAGUGCCAUGGACACGGGCGCUGUGUGCGCCGGCAGCCCCACGACCUGGGCAGCCUCCUGCACCUUGGCCCCGGUGCCAGCCCAUGGGCUGCUUUCCGCUGCCACUGCUACCGUGGCUGGGCAGGUGAAGGCUGUGCCCAGCCGGUACGGCUCAACCCUGCCACCUCCUGCCAGGUGCCCACCCACGCUCACAGCCUCUAUGGGCACAAGGAUCUCACAUCCUCUGACACCUGCCUGCCACAGGGUGUGUGGGGCUGGUGACAAGGGCCGGGGACCACCACGGUCCCCUACCUCAGUAGUGCUGCUGUUGGCACUUCCUGUGGUCUCACUAAC